GGACAGUCCUUGGAUCAUCUCCCGCAUCAUUGGAACUUCCCCUCCCGUUGUCGUGCUCCGUCGUGUUCCCGCCCCCCUUUAUCUACCUUGUAGCUCCCGUCUCGAUUCAGAUACUUUUCAUUCUCCUCUUCUCUUCUCCUUGUCCAACAGACAUCACUCUCCAAUCUGUAUCCAUCUUUGCGAGAUCCAAUCCUACACUGUUAAUCAUCCAUCCAUCCUCAUCAUCAAUCAGCUGUUAUAUCGUUAUACAGCUGUCACACUGCCUGAAUACCACUAGUCAUCUGUAGCCAGAUCCAACCAAACCAUCACCACCAUGUCGGGCGAACCACUCACCAAGGUCGACUCCGCCGUCCAAGGUCUCGAAGCCACAUCACCUCCAAAGGAGAGCCACAUCCACAAGCACCGGCGAGCAAGCUCGAGUGCCAAUGGGGUCAUGAACAUCAACGACCUGGAGGCUCAGGGCACUGACCUCCAGAUUGCCAAGGAGACGCAGAUGUUGGGGUGGAAGGUCAACACCUCGCCUACGUCGAUAGACGACAAGGACUACCUUAAGGUGAUGCUCACAACACCGCCAGUCAAGAAGAUUGACCUCUAUUUCAAGACGGGGUUGCACGUAACGGCACGAAAUCUCAAGGGGGUAACCAUCAGGGACGCCAUGGAUGCCAUCCACAAGUCGUUCAAGAAGAGGCCGGAUGAUGAGCUACCCGAACCAUACCUCAAGGGCUUUGAGUGGGACAAGGAGGAGUCAUGGACAUCGCUCUUGGUACACUUGUCGACGAACGCUGGCCCCAAACCCGCGGGCGGCUCCUCCAAGAAGAAGAAGAAGGCUGCCGCCGCCGAGGAAGAGGCUGCCUAAGCCCUUCACAGUCUGGUCCAGACCAACAUGGUCUGCACUGGCUAUCCCUGUCUCGGGGUUCAUCGGUGAUGAUGACAACGACAGGAUCUUAAUCUGUAUCAUAUAAUUAUCCCUAAUGGCAGACUGGGGUUGAUCCUCCAUGUCGUCAGCGUCUAUUUCUUUCGGUGCCCUUCUGGCGUAAGGAAACAGCUGGCUGGGUCAACAAGAGCAGCGGACACAGGACAACAAGUAGUGUCGGACAUGCUUUUGACAAUGCACAUUACUUUCAGCCAUGUUAGAUCGACUGCUUUUGUGUCAUAGUGAUCAGUAA